ACACCCUUUCCCCCGCCACUUCCUUCGCCCAACUAUAUAUUCCUCUUUUCUUCACAAUAACUGAAUGAUAAAUUCCUUCAUUUUACAUCCAAUAUCACAACUAACCACAUUUCUAAUUCCAUAUUUGUGGUAAAAAAAAAUAUACAUUUUUUACAGAAAAAAAUAAUUCUUCAAAGAAUUACUCCCACAACUUAUACUACUAUUGCACAUUUUCUUGAUUAUGGAUGCAUACUGUUCAGACUGUAAAAAGAGCACAGAAGUUGUAUUUGAUCAUUCAGCAGGUGAUAUGGUAUGUUCAGAGUGUGGAUUAGUUUUGGAAUCACAUUCAAUUGAUGAAACAUCUGAAUGGAGAACAUUUGCUAAUGAGUCAGGUGAUAAUGAUCCGGUUCGAGUUGGUGGACCUACUAAUCCUUUGCUAUCUGAUGGUGGUUUAUCUACUGUGAUCUCUAAACCAAAUGGAACUACUAGUGAUUUCUUGACAUCGUCUUUAGGACGAUGGCAGAAUCGUGGGUCGAAUGCUGAUCGAUCUCUUAUCUUGGCUUUUAAAGCCAUUGGUGUCAUGUCUGAUAGGUUGGGCCUGGUUGCAACCAUAAAGGACCGAGCUAAUGAGAUAUACAAGAAGGUAGAAGAUCAAAAAUCUAGUAGAGGUAGGAACCAGGAUGCUAUAUUGGCUGCUUGCCUAUAUAUUGCUUGUCGACAAGAAGACAAGCCUCGUACUGUGAAGGAAAUUUGCUCUGUUGCGAAUGGAGCUACAAAGAAGGAAAUUGGCCGAGCAAAGGAAUACAUAGUGAAACAACUAGAGCUCGAGAUGGGUCAAUCAGUGGAAAUGGGAACUAUACAUGCUGGAGAUUUCAUGCGACGCUUUUGUUCAAAUCUUGGGAUGACAAAUCAAACAGUUAAAGCCGCUCAAGAAGCAGUCAAAAAAUCAGAAGAGUUUGACAUAAGGAGAAGUCCCAUUUCUAUUGCCGCAGCAGUUAUCUACAUAGUCACUCAGCUUUCGGAUGAAAAGAAGCCAGUUAAAGAUGUGUCACUUGCAACUGGAGUUGCUGAAGGUACGAUCCGGAAUUCAUUCAAGGAUCUAUACCCACAUCUCUCAAAGAUUAUACCAAAUUGGUAUGCACAGGGUCAGGACCUAAAAAACCUCAGCAGUCCUUGAUGUGUUAAGCUAACCAUGUCAAAGAAGUGACUAACUCUUUAUAAAUGGCUUCAAGAAUAUUCUGUAUCUAACUGGAGGGGAGCUUCUUAUAUCCCAAACAUGUGGGCUAACACACAUUAAAUUAUUAGCUCUCAUUCAACAGAUAAGUGAUCUUUAUGUUAAAAUUGCAAGUUGUAAAUGCUUUUUCUUAACUGGCACUCUUUCUUCAUAGAUGUGUUUUUCUGGACUGAGAUUGACAUGAAAAUGUAGUUUCCAAACUCUAA